AUGUCUAACCUCUCGGUGCAAUUGACUGCCCCGAACGGGCGCUCCUACAAGCAGCCCAUCGGCCUCUUCAUCAACAACGAGUUUGUCGCUUCCAAGUCCGGCGAGAAGUUCGCUACCAUCAACCCUUCCACCGAAACGGAGAUCGCUUCCGUGUACGCCGCUGGAGAGGAGGACGUCAAUCUCGCUGUUGCCGCCGCACGCAAGGCUCUCAAGGACCCCUCAUGGAAGGGAUUGUCCCCCACCGACCGCGGUGCUCUCAUGGUUAAGCUCGCCGAUCUGAUCGAGCAGCACAAGGAGACUCUGGCUACCAUCGAGACCUGGGACAACGGCAAGCCGUACUCCGUUUCUCUGAAUGAUGACCUCGGUGAGGUCACCUCUUGCCUCCGCUACUAUGCCGGCUGGGCCGACAAGGUCAUGGGCCAGACCAUUAGCACCACCCCCCAGAAGUUCGCCUACACUCUCCGCCAGCCCAUUGGUGUCGUCGGUCAGAUCAUCCCCUGGAACUUCCCUCUCGCCAUGGCCGCCUGGAAGCUUGGCCCCGCUCUCGCCUGCGGUAACACCAUCGUCAUGAAGCCCGCCGAGCAGACCCCGCUCAGCAUUCUGUACAUGGCCAACCUAAUCAAGGAAGCUGGAUUCCCUCCCGGUGUCAUCAACAUCCUGAACGGCCACGGCCGCGUGGCUGGUGCCGCGCUGGUCCAGCACUCCGACGUUGACAAGGUCGCUUUCACCGGUUCGACCAACACUGGCCGCGAAAUCAUGAAGAUGGCUGCCGGCACCCUGAAGAACAUCACUCUCGAGACCGGCGGCAAGUCGCCCCUGCUUGUGUUCGAGGACGCCGACAUCGAACAGGCCGCCAAGUGGGCCCAUAUUGGUAUCAUGUAUAACCAAGGUCAGGUGUGCACUUCCACCUCCCGCAUCCUGGUGCACGACUCCGUGUACGACAAGUUCGUGGCACUCUUCAAGGACGUCGUCAAGGAGACCAGCAAGGUCGGCGACCCCUUCCACGACGAUACUUUCCAAGGCCCCCAGGUUACCAAGGCGCAGUACGACCGGGUGCUGUCAUACAUCGACGCCGGCAAGUCUGAGGGCGCGACCCUCGUAUCCGGCGGCGAGCCGUACAAGAACGUCGGCGACGGAAAGGGCUUCUUCAUCGCCCCUACCAUCUUCACCAACGUCAAGGACGACAUGCGCAUUUACCGCGAGGAAGUUUUCGGACCCUUCGUUGUCAUCGCCAGCUUCAAGACUGAGGACGAGGCCGUUACCCGUGCCAACGAUACCACCUACGGUCUCGGUGCUGCCGUCUUCACUAAGGACAUUGAGCGUGCGCACCGUGUCGCUUCGGAUAUCGAGGCUGGUAUGGUCUGGAUUAACAGCAGCAACGACAGCGAUUUCCGCGUGCCGUUCGGUGGUGUUAAGCAGAGUGGUAUCGGUCGUGAGCUUGGUGAGGCUGGCCUCGAUGCUUACUCGCAGGUUAAGGCUGUCCAUGUUAACAUGGGUAGCCGUCUGUAA